GCAAAGCACAGACUAUUCUGUAGCGUUAGCUUGUCCUUUGUUAGAUUUAGUGUCUUAGGUAAAUGAGUAUUUGCUGUAAACAAAAAAAAUGUCUUCAAUUCAGCCCCUUAUGAACGAGCAGGUAACUCCUGCGGAAGAAACAUUCAAAGAGUUUAAAGUAAUUAAAGUCAAGAUCGAGGAAGAGAUGGAGGAUCAGACAGAAAUCAGCGUAAAGAUCGAGGAAGAGAUGGAGGAUCAGACAGAAAUCAACGUAAAGAUGGAGGAAGAGAUGGAGGAUCAGACAGAAAUCAGCGUAAAGAUCGAGGAAGAGAUGGAGGAUCAGACAGAAAUCAACGUAAAGAUGGAGGAAGAGAUGGAGGAUCAGCGCAGACUGCCGGAUUUUACUCGGAUACCGAAGAUCAUCUUACACCGGAUAGAUCUCCCACAAUGUUAUGUGUGCAAAGAGGAGGAGGUUCUCAAUGAAACAGAACCACAGAGGAACCAACUCAUCUCUCAUGGCUCUCCAGAAGCUGAGAACCAGGAUCAGGAAGGAAACAAUUCUGAAGACCCAGGAAAAGAGAGAAAGGAAGGACAGAAACAAAAGGAGAAAUAUGAGAAAACCAAAGAGCAGAAAGGAAGAACUGACACUUCAAAACAAAAGACUGGUGUAAUUUAUCAUGUAAGAACUUACUCAGAUGAGAAACCUUUUUCAUGUGAGAUGUGUGGAAAAAAUUUCACCCUAAAAGGAACUUUAAAUGAUCAUAUGAAAAUACACACAGGUGAGAAGCUUUUCUCUUGUGGUACCUGUGGAAAGAGUUUCCAAAAGAAAAUAAGAUUGCUUGACCACAUGAAGAUUCACACAGGUGAGAAACUUUUUUCAUGUGGGACCUGUGGAAAGAGUUUCACCCUAAAAGGCAAUUUAAAUAUUCAUAUGAAAAUUCACACAGGUGAGAAGCCUUUCUCAUGUGGGAACUGUGGAAAGAGUUUCCGGAGGAAAAUGCAUUUACUUGGUCAUAUGAGAAUUCAUAUGGGUGAGAAGCCUUUCUCAUGUGGCACCUGUGGAAAAAGUUUCUUGAAGGAAAGGCAAUUACUUAAUCACAUGACUAUUCAUGCGGGUGAGAGGCCUUUUUCAUGUGGGACCUGUGGGAAAAGUUUCUCGAGGGAAAGGCAAUUACUUGAUCACAUGAUGACUCACACAGGUGAAAGGCCUUUUUCAUGUGGGACCUGUGGAAAGAGUUUCAUCCUUAAACAAACUUUGGAUCGUCAUAUGAAAAUUCACACAGGUGAGAGGCCUUUUUCAUGUGGGACCUGUGGGAAGAGUUUUGGGAGGAAAACAACUUUACUUAAUCACGUGAGGACCCAUACAGGUGAGAAGCCUUUCACAUGUGGGACCUGUGGAAAAAGUUACAAUCAUAGAAGUAGUUUAACUCAUCACAUGAAGACUCACUCAGACUAGAAGUCUUGAGCCCCAAACACCUCAGAUCCAUUUUGGCAUCAGAUCCAAUGAAAAAUCUGGUUGGAUGAUGUACAUCAAAUAGAUCAUGUAAAAGUCAACAGGGCUUUGCAGGCCUCUAGUGAUUCCCUGUAACUACGUCUUCAACUGUCUGGCCAAGAUAGACCUGAGGUCUAUUUUCAUCUAUAAGCUUUUUUGACUUAAACCAGUUUUUUGUUUUACUUCUGAACCACAUUGUAUUUAGCCUUGUCACGAUAAACAAUAAAUCAACUAAUUACUCAAUAAAUGUAAAUGAGCUCGAUAAUAAAAUGAGGGAAAUAAAACUGUUUGUUUUCAUUGUGUCUCUCUCUUCCUACCAAAGAGACUGGAUGACAAAGUUUGGGACAAUUAACCGGCCAGCAAAAUUUGUUACUGCAACAGGCCUAAUUGUACUGAAGAUCCCCAACAGUAUCCCAUUAAAUACUGGAGUUAAAGACGGGCUCACAUUCUGGCAGGAUUCAUUUCUGUGGGUUUCAGUUUUCUUGAUGUUCUGUGCAAUGUUGAAUAAAUGAGCUUAGCUUUUACAUUUUUGAAGAUUCCAUGUGUGACUUGAUGUAAAAUACUUCCCAUAUUAAAGCAGUGAAAUGUUCUUUUUUUAUGUAGCUAGAACUCUGUGAUGUUUGAAAAAUAAUCUAAAAAGAAAUAAAUGAGAUCUGGUCUGAUUUUGAUUUAGAGCUAACCACAGAGAGCUUUUUAUUUUCUCAAAUUUUUGUUAUUCUUUGCUAUGAGAAUGCAGUUUAUUGAAAAGAUAUGUUAAAAUAUAUAACAGUAUUUUGA